GCAUUACAUUAACUAAUCCGAAUAACCAUCAACAAAUAUUCAACCACUCUUCAAAUUAUACGUCUACAUCGAAACCUUAGGUUUCACUGUUUUCAUUAGCUAUGCCUCCUGCGAAGAAGAGGAAGACGGCGAAGGCCGCGAAGGCCACUGCUAAAGUAAAAGACGCUCCGGCAGCAGAGGCAGUUGAACAGGCUGCACCAACCAACGAGGAGAAUCCCGAAGAAGAACAACCAGAAAAGCCGAACAAUUUGAAACCAGUGGAGAAUAAUGAAACAACAUCACCAGCAACAACAGCAGCGGAAACUAGUUCGGCUGCAGGUGCUGCAGAUGCUGCAGAGAAAGCAAGGGAGCGGAUGGCACGUUUUCGCGCCUUACAAGCCCGCGCGAAAGUAUCAUCGGACCAGAACCUUGCGGAAACAACUAAGGAAUCUCAGCGUCUAGCUACCGACCCAUCCGCACUCAUAUCGCUGAAUCGCCGCCGCGACAUUGCUACACACAAACUACUGAAGGCCGAAACAGAGGAGGCGGGCGAGGACUUCGAGCGCAAGCGGGCGUGGGAUUGGACGGCGGAGGAGAGCGAGCGUUGGGAUAAGCGCAUGAAGAAGAAGGCUGCCCACCGCGACAACAACGCUUUCCAGGACUACCGCCAGGAGAGCAACAAGGUUUACAAGCGACAGGUGCGCGACCUGGCCCCCGAUCUCGAGCGCUACGAGAAAGACAAGAUGGCUGCCAUCGAGAAGGCUGCCGCGUCCGGCGGUCUCGAAAUUAUCGAGACCGAAGAUGGCGAACUCAUCGCUGUUGACAAAGACGGAAGCUUCUACUCUACCGCCGACUCGACCUCCUUUGCCGAGAACAAGCCCGACAAGGCGGCCAUCGAUAGAUUGGUGGGCGACCUGCAGAAGGCUGAGGACGUCAGGUUGCGCAAGAGGCGCGAAAGAAUGGCACAGAACGGUGACGACGGCGACGUCACGUAUAUCAACGAGAAGAAUAAGCAGUUCAACCAGAAACUGGCUAGAUUCUACAACAAGUACACGGCGGAGAUUAGGGACAGCUUCGAGCGCGGGACUAUGAUUUGAAAAGACGAUAGGUGGUUUUACUGUACUGGGGGCGUUCACACAAGCAUCAUCAGACGGGCCGUACUGGUACACGAUUAGAUUACA